AUGUCGAACUUUGAGGGACCGUUGUCAACGCAGCCUGAGUGGCAAGGACAUUACUCAUAUCUUCCCCCAGGGGAGCCCAACAUAUUCGCUCAACCGUUUGAGCCAGUCUCAACCUCUGCCCCGAGCAACGAUGCUCCUACAGAGCCGCACGCUUCGGCCAACACAAGCAACGUCCCAGAGUCUCCUCACCAGUCUAGUCAGAGUACGACAGACCCACCAUCCCAAUCUCGCGCCUUGGAUUCGCAAGGACUACGCGCACCAAAGGUCGAAUCGCCAGUCAAUGACAUGACUGAACCCCGGGCUGUACUUUACGGGGUCAAGACCGAAGGCGCACAAGAGCAGUCAUUAGCGUUGACGGACACCCCAGGGCUACUCUCCGCAGAGCAAGCUCAGGUGAAUCCUGAGGGUCAAAAUGGCAGUGAAGAUGUGGCUUUGGGAAAGGAAGAGGACGACGACAUCGUAGAUGAUGAUGACGACAUGCUCGAGGUGGAAGGUGAAGGGGAGACUGGGACGCAGCCUCAGACAGCCGCAGAGAGGACGGCUGCUAGACGGAAGAUGAAGAGAUUUCGCCUUACCCAUCAGCAAACUCGAUUCCUGAUGAGCGAGUUCGCGAAGCAGCCUCAUCCCGAUGCUGCACACCGCGAGCGGCUAUCUAGAGAGAUCCCAGGCCUCAGCCCUAGGCAGGUCCAGGUCUGGUUCCAGAACCGGCGCGCAAAGAUCAAGCGACUUACCGCCGAUGACCGUGACCGCAUGAUCAAGAUGCGUGCUGUCCCUGACGACUUUGACAAUGUCCAAGCACUCCACUCUCCAUAUGGCGCUGUACACACGUUGAGCGCUCCUAUGACACCGCCUGUGGAUUUUGGAGCUCAAUCAUACGCGGAACACAUGAUGAGGCCGCUCAUGCUGGACACCAUCAGGAGAGGUGAAGGUGACGACCACAUGUCUCCGACCGGCCUGAGCCCGUCCUUUGGAAGCAUUGGCUUCACGCCCUCUGGAAGCAUGAACACACCUGAUAUCCUCUCGCCGCUGUCAACGACGUCAAACGAUCGUGGAUACUACUCAAGCCAUCUAGCUAGUCCACUGAGCAGUGGUCCCAGGUCAUCCAACCCUUUCGCACGACAGAACAGUCUGGACACUGGCUUGCAGUUGCACGGACAGAGCAGACAGCAGAUUCGACCCCUGCAACCGCUUCAGCUGAGGGAAACCAUGUCGAGAUCAAGAUCUGACAACCUCCAAUCUCCCUUGAGAUCGGGCAUGUCAUGGAAAGGAGACUCGAUCGACUAUACCUACCAACCAGGCAGUUCGAGUCCUGCGAUUGGGGGCCGCCACCCGUCGCUCUACCAACCAGAACAGUCUGGGACUUCUUCGGGCAACAGCCUCAACUACGAUUCGGGUUCUUACUCUGGCGGCCUUUCAUCUUCGCCGACUCACAUCAACUAUUCCAGCUUACACUCCGCAACUCUUCAGCAGCCUCCUCAAAACACGCGACUAAGAGCUGCCUCAGCCACGCUGCCCCUGGGCUUAGAUCUGCGCCAUCAAUACCGAUCAGUUUCGUCCGGUCACAACCUACAGGGUACCGGACACUCGACGCCUCGAGCUGCUUCGGCUACUCCGUACUCGACAACAUACACCUCGAGCUUUCCCUCGGCACCACUGACUGCGCCAAUUGAUUUUGCACAGCCAAGGACUCCGGGCAUCAGAUCUUCGGUCCAUGAUUACUCGAUGCCGCAAAUGAGUGCGCCCAUAGCACCCCCUCAGGACUUCUCUCAGGCUCUCCAUGGCAGUAUGGGUGCCCCAAGUACACGAACACCAAUGAGGGAUUCUUUCAGUGGUUCGGCCCUGGGUGCGAAUCAGAAUCAAGGGUCGAAUGAGAGAUCCGAUGAAUAUUCCCAAGAUAGCUUCGGUGCAGCCAGCCUCAAACGCAAGCGAAGCUACAGCUCUGGCGCAGGUGCACAGUCAUACCCCCAUACAUCUUGA